AUGAUGCGGGACCACAUCUGCGGAUGCUACAUAUACAACUCGGAGGCCCGCCGACGUACCUACUUGCCGCAGGUCCAUCUGGACGCUCAUACAACAAUCUUGUCAACGGCUUCUCGUACAGUACUGACGCAAACCUUUUUAAAUGGCUCGGAAGACGCGUUGGAUGAGAUAAGGUAUACUUUUCCAUUGUACGACGGCGUCAGCGUCGUCGAUUUCUACUGUGAAGUCGGAGAGCGCACCAUUUACGGUCUGGUCAAAGAAAAGAACGAUGCCAAAAAGACCUACGAAGAGGCCAAGCAACGAGGUGAAAGCGCUGCAUUGCUGGAACAGCUACCUGAAGCCGCCGAUGUCUUCACAACCACAAUCGGCAAUAUUCCCCACAACGCAGCCGUGAAAACCACUAUCAAAUAUGUGCAGGAGCUCAAGCAUGAUGCCGAAGUCGAUGGUGUGCGCUUUACCAUGCCAACAUGGAUUGCUCCGCGCUACGGAGGUUACCCCGGACGGUAUCCUAUCGAACUACAACAAUCACUAAAACCAGUACCUUCUGAAGGGAUUUCAGUCACUGUGGAUAUCAGCAUGGCUGAGGGCAUCCCAAUCAAAAAGAUUGUUUCUCCAUCCCACCCUAUCCAAGUCACACUUGGCUCACUGUCCAGCAGUACCAUUGAUGAGGAUCAGUCACUGUCUCGAGGCUCGGCCACUCUUGCUCUGGGUACGGCGGUGCUUGAGAAAGAUUUUAUCCUUCAAGUGGUUGCAAAGGACAUUGGUGUUCCUCAAGCAAUUCUAGAGAGACACCCAACGCUGCCAAAUCAACGCGCUCUGAUGACUACGCUGGUACCAAAAUUCAAUCUCAAGUCCCAGAAACCAGAGAUCAUUCUCAUUGCAGAUCGCUCGGGUAGUAUGCAAGGGGAGAACAUUACCACUCUCAAAUCGGCACUGAAGAUCUUUUUGAAGUCGAUUCCUCUUGGUUGCACAUUCAACAUCUGCUCUUUCGGGUCGAGGCAUGAGUUCCUUUGGCACGAAAGCCAGGUAUAUGAUGAGAGAACGCUGCAGCAGGCGAUCAAAUGUGUUCAAAAUUUCGACGCCAACUUGGGUGGAACAGAAACUCUUGCCGCCGUCAAGGCAUGUGUCGAAGCCCGUAGCAAGGACAGCCCGACUGAGCUUAUUUUGCUCACCGAUGGUGACAUAUGGUCUCAGGACGAGCUUUUCAGCUAUGUUUCCCGUGAAACCGAGAGCGGAGACGUUCGCGUCUUUCCCUUGGGUAUUGGCGGAGGGGUAUCGAGUGCCUUGAUUGAGGGUGUUGCAAGGGCAGGGUGUGGCUUCGCUCAGAUGGUCACAGACAACGAGAAGAUGGAUAGCAAAGUUGUUCGCAUGCUGAAGGGAGCACUUACUCCACACAUUAAGGACUAUCGUCUGGAGAUCAAAUACGAAGACGGCAACGUCAAGGCUGUCGCCGAUGGCCUUCGCGUACACUUGGAUGCUAAGCACUCAAGCGACAAAACCGAAACCAAGCCUAUAUCACUCUACGACCCCGACGUUAAAGAAGAACACCCCAAGGAAGGCGAGUCAAAGGACAUCUUCGCAGGUUUGCCGGAUCUCAAGCGCCCAGCUCUCCUACAAACGCCGCACAGAAUCCCUUCUCUAUUCCCCUUCUAUCGCACUUGCGUGUACUUGCUCAUUGCGCCCGAAUCCUCGGACUCGAAAAUCAAGAGCGUAGUCCUAAGAGGCACCUCCCCACAAGGUCCUCUCGAGCUCGAAAUCCCAGUCGAGUCGCGCAAAGACACUGACAAUAUGAUCCACCAGCUCGCCGCGCGAAAAGCAACUCAAGAGCUUGAGGAAGGCAGAGGCUGGAUCUCAGGCGCUACCAUCGAUGACACGGGUGUACUGGUCAAGGAAAAGCACCCAAGCAUGUACGCUCUGCUCCAAAGACGCGAAGCUGUACGUCUUGGAGUCGAAUUCCAGGUCGGAGGAAAAUACUGCUCUUUCGUCGCAGUUGAAGCAAACGAAUCUGCCAUUACUGAGAUGCGCCAGAAAGCUCUACAAGCUACGAUGGACCGAGAAGAAGAAGAUUGGGAUAUGAUCAAUGAAGACGCUCCAGUAAGUCAACCUGGGACGCGACUCGGCGCAACAUCGCGCUCAAGGACACUGGUUGGAGCCAUGGCCGUCGGCGGUAGGUUGGGAGGCAGUAGAGGUGGCGGCAGAGGUGGCGGCAGAAGUGGCAGCAAUGCCAUGGGCUUCUUCAAUCUUUCCUCCGCAGCCACAAGCCUGAUGACAAGUCGAGCCCGCUUCUGCUCCUCCACAGCCGACGAAGCAAAAGAAGAAGAGGAAGAAUCAGAUGAGGACAUGGGAUGUGGACUUUUUGACGAUGUAGAAGAAGCUAGUGCUGUAGAACCACCCUCCCCCAUCGAAUCCGGAAAAUUUCUCCAGAGUCUCAUUGCGCUGCAAUCCUUCUCCGGCGCUUGGCCGUCCAUCUCGCGUCUUCCGUGCCAGAAAAUGGGCAUCAGCAUUGCUGAAGCGAAGGAGGUGGUGCAGAGACUUGUUGACGACGGAGUAGCAAAGGAUGUGACGGUGGCGGAACAGUAUGUAGCUACGGCUGCGGUGAUCAGCUUCUUGGAGAAGAAGAUGGCGGAUAAGGAGGAGACGUGGGAGUUGGUUGUUGAGAAGGCGAGGACGUGGCUGCAGGAUACGGUUGAUGCUGCGUAUCUUGGCAGGGUGCUGGUGGCUGGUGCGAGUAUUGCGCUUGCUUGA